AUGAAGGGGACGCUGCUUCUGCUGGCCUUGCUGGUGACCGGGGAGCUGCGCUUCCAGACAACGGAAGCAUGCGUUCCUUUCUUUGAAGCCUUUGCUGGCAUCUCCUUUGGAAACAAGGAAAUAUUGAAUGCCAUCCUUGACAAGUUUGACGCUACUGACGGGGAAAAGCUGGGUUUUGAAAAAAUCAUGGAUUGCUUGAAUGAUGAAGGAGUGGAAGGCAAAAUUCUGAAAACCAAAUUCAUGGAUGCCAUCAUCUUCAGCUCAGAAUGUAGAGAAUACUAUAUCCAAGACAUCAGCGACAAAUUUCAGGGAAUCCUUUCCAAAUUUAACUUAGUUGGAAAAUGA